AUGAUUUUAGAGGCACCUAUCCAAAGCCUCUUACACGUACUUCAAAGCUUAGCAACUUCUGAAAAGCUUUUGAAGGAGGCUCUUGCUGCGUAUUCGUCGGUGAAUCUCAUAUCAUCUAGUGACGACAAUGGUGGUGAUGAGCGGCCGACCGAUGCGGAAGUUAUAAGGUUCAUGGUGAAGGACCCAGAUUUAGCACCAAUUAUCCAAAGCAGGAUUUUAUGUAUUCUUCAUAAUGUUCCAGCCCGAAUGUUUCGUGCUUUUGAAACGAAAUCGUUUAAUGUUGAGGUUAAUUCGAUUCAUCCUCAAGUGUACCCUGAAGAUGAUGAGAAGCGUCUCAUCGAAUUAUUGCAGCAAAUGACAAAGCUAAGCUCUUAUCUUGUGUGCUCUGCAAUGAAAAUGCGAAUGGCGUCACUCCUAGAUGAUCUUCGUGAAGAACAUCCUGAAUUGGUUCCACAAUUGAGUGACAUAUGGUACUUUACUGAAACGUCGGAACUCGAGGGCCUCCUGUCGGUGGUUGAAUAUCUCGAUCGAAAUGACAAACCAGACACGCUUUUCAAUAAAGCAGGCAUUUAUGAUUCAAUGUAUGAAACAAAUCGAGCCUUCCUUCGCAGUCCAGGCGCCCAGUCAUCCUCAUCUUUAAAUGUGCUUUUGUUGUCGGAGGAUGAUUCCCUGAACACUACCUGUAUGGUCAAAAAUAAUUCCGACAGUCAGGUUGCUUUUUCUAACAAGAUUGGGCCAGUGGAACCGAAGACUGCCCGAAGCAUUUCAAUUGCCGUUCUGUCGCGAAUCGCGAGACAUCUCUGCAUUAGCCUCGAUGCCCUUCUUGCUGAUAUCCUACCCCCACCAUCAGCAUCGGAGUCACAUCUUUCAUCGGGUCCGCAGCAUCAGUGCCUAGUCGACCUGGGUCGAAUGGCGUAUAUUAACCUCACUCAGACGACUGAACAUGGUUUUGUGUCAGGUGUUUCAAUCCUUGAUGUAGUGCAGCCAUUUGCACUUGCGCUCCUAGGAGCACUUGCGAGCUGGCCAACAAAAACCAACAGAAGGCAGUUGCUGGAUGAAUCAAGCAACCUAAUAGAGGAUUUUCUCUCUUCGGCAACUGACGGCUUCCCCAUUCUAUCACAGUCUACUCAGGAGCACGUUUUACAUCUAAUUGAGUUUAUACUAAAUCUGUACGACUCCAAAGAAAAUCUAGUUGACAGCCUUGCAUCAAAUCAACCGAUAAUGGAUAAAGUGGACGCUUCUAUACCUUUCAUUGAUGAAUCCCGUCUGUUCACUCUAACUCCAAUCAACAAAACCCACCAGCAUCAUAAACACCCACAAUUUACCGGUACGGUUGUUCUAACACCUUUGUGCCCUGAACGAACACUCAUCCUUUCGCAUAGUGACGAAAAACGUCUCAGCAUUCCUUUGAAUCGAUGGGAGUGUCAAGAUGGGAUGAACAUCACAACAGCUGUCCAGCUUGCUCUUCUCUUCCUUCCGCCCGAUUCGCGUUUUCAGCUUCAGGUCUUCGUUGAACAAGCGCAGGAGGUCAUAAUCAAUGCGACCCACCAUGUUAAUCCAGAGAAAACGCUGUAUUACGCUCAACCUAGCGCAUUAGCCACCUGGUUCGCCCCAAGGUUCUUCCCCACUCCAUCGACCUCCAACCAAUCGCCAGGCUGCGCCCUACUUGAGUUUAUUCUUUCCUGCCCUCACAGUCUUUCCCUCCUUAAAUCACCUCCAUUUUGCUUCGAAGAGUUGGCUGAAAGGUCGGUUAGGCAGUUGUCAGAGGCCCUUGAAUUCUGCCAUCUCGCACCCGGUGAUAGUCGAGUAGACUCUCGCCUUGAACACGUCUCGGCUACUCGGAGCGAUCCAUUUUCGCCUGCGAAUGAAGACGAGCAGGCUCCUGGGUACGCUAAUCCUGACACCGAAUCAGCCUCUUUUGUGCCCCUCAAUGCACGACUUCACACGAGUCCCUACUACAACAAGGCUGGGCCAGUCAGUUCCGUUAAUUGCAACUUCAAGUCCGGGGCCACACACGAGUCAGACGCCUCACAGGAGCAACCUACUAAAUCUUGCGACUUGGAACGUUUUCUGGUGCUGGGGAACAUGACCCAUCUAAUUCACACUCUUAACUAUUUCAUCAACGACAAGACAAUGGACCCCAAAACCAAGAUGCGGUAUAUAAAACAGUUUGAGCAGACACACCCCGAUGUGUUUUGGCUGCGAUUUGGUGAUAAUCAGACGGCGAAGAAGUACUACGCACAUCUCCAGUGUAGAAUAGACCAAUCACAUGGAAAUCUCUCCCGGGGCCAAUCACCUGCUCGUCUGAUCGACCGCUUUACCGACAUUUUUAAGCGUCGCCACCAUCGUUCCAAAAAACGCCAGCAUUCCGCAAAAGGUGGCCUCGUCGCUGUUAGGCGUUCUCUGUCUCGUUAA